AUGCAACGAAUAUCUCUACGAAGACAACAGCUUGAUAAUCAAAAUAACAAACGAUGGUCAACAUCCCUUAUCGAUAAUAAUGAUCAAGAAGAACAAAUAUCAUGUCAAUCAUCAUGUUUAACAUUGCUCACUAAUAAACUUGGAAUACCACAAGAAAAAGCAGAACGUGCAUGUGUAGCCACUGGUUUUCGUUCAGUUCAAGCUGCUACUGAUUGGCUUCUUCAAAGAUGUAGUGAUGAUAGAUUGAUCCGAACUGAAUUUAUUAUACUUCUUUGUCCUGAUAAACAGCUUCAUGAAGAGAUUCGAACAUUUAAUGGUGAACUAUUUCGUUAUCUUGCCAAGGGAACUACUUUAUUAAAUGAUCGUCAAUAUUUGCGUGCUUUUAAAUUAUCUAGUUUUUUUCAUAUACCUGAUAGACACGUUCAUACAUUUCAUAAAGUAUUUGAUUCUGUUAUGGAACAAUAUCACAGGUUAUUUAAACAAUUAUUACGCGUGGUUUUAUAUACAACAAAUGAUUAUCUUAUGCUUAUACCUGAUACUGAAACUAAAAAUAUUGUUCAAAAUAUUUUCGAUAUGUUGAAACAACAAUUUGAAAAAAUAGUACCAACUGUUUCAAUAUUACCUGCAAAGAAAUUAGCACAUUUGACUCUUACUCAUGGUUUGUCAACUUUAUUUAAUCUGCCUACUGAUCAACGAGCAUCACUAUUACAAUUUGCGCGACUUUACUUUGAUCUUGAUCGUCCUGUAAAUUGGAGUCUUCGAUUAUAUUCACGUGAAAAAUCUUCUAUGAAUGAGACUGUAUAUCGAGUUGUUUCAUCAACAAAAGAGACAACUAUUAACAAAUGUCUUUUAUUGAAAGCGAAUGAUCUGUUUAUGGUACUUGAUAACGGUCGAAUAGGCGAACAAGAAAAUGUCUUUGGUGAGUAA